UCCGACAGUAGUGGCUCUGACUGGGAAGCUGGUUUCAUCAAUCCAGAUCGCUCUCCAGCGCGCUAUUGCAGAAAAAGCUCUCGUGCUUCUCAGGUUGACAAUGGGGCAGGCAAGCGUCUUGCAAAAUCUAUUUCUAGCAGUGACUCCGACAAUGAUGUAGCCCCUAAUACUUUGCAUAAAAGGGUGAAAUAUCGAGUUGCUAAAACUCAAAACAGUCCGACCAAGCCUCAAGUGGGGGCUAAUAUCACGGAGAAUAUCUUGAGCUCCGAUGAGUCCGAUGGGCUUGACAAUGAGGAUAGUUCUGAGACUGAUCCAGAUAUUGAUAUAGAUGAUACGAUGUCUGAAAGCGAGGAUGAUGGCUAUGCCGACACGACCAAGGAGAAUGUAGCGGGAAUGUGUGAUCUUUGGGAAAGAUUUUGUCGGAAGCAGUAUAAGAAAGGCGGGAUUGGCAUCUUCCCCCAGUGGGUGAAUCCAAAUAACGCUCUGAAAGUAGCUGGUAAAACUGAAUUCACAUGGUUCUUGCGCUGGCGCCUAAAGGUCCGGCGCGGAGUCAAAAAUACUAGUACCCUGGACACUAAUUGGAAGAACUUUCUUCGAUAUUACAAGAAAGUUAACAAAGAACUAAUGGAUGGGAGUCUGGGUCGAAGGAUGAGAAAGGUAUUAAAUCUGCCCGUAUCUAUUUUCUUAGUCAUAUUAAUUUCUUCUUGUACAGAGUAUUUAGAGAAUUGUCCUACGGGCAGGACUGGAUACCGAAAAGAAAGAAAAGAUACCGAUGUAUAUCGAGGAUUUGGUUCCUCUCCAGGAAACAGUGCUCCGAACUAUGGAAAAAAGAUUUUAUACCGGAUUACAGAGAAUACAGUAAUGUCUGUACAAUCUGAUGGCUUACUUUACUGUAAAUCGAAUCAAUACCAUGCGAAACUUGCAAUAUAA